AUGCUGAGGGCUUGUGUCAGAAGUGCAAAUUCUUCACUCUGGAAACACUAUGGGCGAACCAAUCGUAACAGUCUGCAGCCCUGCAGACACUACACAGCAGGCGAAAGCAGUGGUGCUGCCAAAGUAGUUACCGCUGGUUUGAUGACUGUCGGCGGUGGCAUCGGAGGAACGGUAAUCUACGCCAAGUGGGACCACAAGUUCAGAGAAACUGUGGAGAAAAAUGUUCCUUAUUCAGAUAAGCUGUUGGAGUUUGCAUUAGGACCUGCUACCCAAGAAGCAGGUCUUCCUGUCAAAAAAAAGAAUGAGUUGGCCCAACCUCCCUCCAUGAUGGAAAAAGCGGUAAAGGUAUCUAAAACCAGGCAAGAAAAAAAAGUGAACGAAUCUGCAGAGAGUCCCCUUGAAGUGGCUAUUCCACUCCCUGUACAGCCUGCGCAGAGCCUAGCAGAGGCUUCAGCUGAGGCAACUCAUAUAAUCUCAGCUAUCAGUGAAGUACCAUCAGUCCCUGCUCCAUGCGACACCGCAGUGACACCUGUCAAAGAGGAGUGCCAAGAGUGUCAUGACCAUAAGGUUACUGAAGAAACAGCUGCCAUUCCCACUGAAGUAGAGUCCGUAGCAGCAACAGCCCCAGCAGAACCACUCAGAGAACGUCCUGUAGAAGAGGUGACAGCGAGACUUGCUCAACAAGACGUAGACGAACAGGAAAUCCUUGCAUCUGUUUCAGUAAGUCUUGACGAUUCAUUGGCUAGCUCAGCUAAAGCCACAUUGCAGGCCAUCGGAGCUCAGGAGGCAACCUUGCAGGCAAUCUCGCAACAUACACAAAAACUCAAGGAAGCUAUGGAAGCUGAGGUUCCACCUCAGCUGAAGUCAGCCCAGUGGAAGGAUCUCGAAUCAGCUGCUGCAAACGAUGCAGAAACAGCUCUGCUGAAAGCCAAUGAGGCCUUGGACAAUCUCAAAUCGGUCAUUGAAAAAUCCAAGGGGCUGAAUGUCACUGCUGUUCGCCCACUCGUGUUAGCAGCAGAGGAGAAUCUCCAUAAAAUGGUGGUGGAUUUGGAUAAAGUUAUCAACAAGGUGCAGUCUGCAGAGUCAGAAGCUAAGAUUGUCUCCCAGUACAGUGAACUGGUUAAUGAAGCUAAACUACAGUUCCAAAGAGAAGUGAGCAGCCUGACUCCAGAGAUACAAGCCAACUGGAAAGGACUGACUGGUAAAUUGUCAACAGAUGACCUGAAUGCCCUGAUUGCUCAUGCACACCGUCGCAUUGACCAACUGAACCGGGAGAUAGCUGAGCAGAGAGUAAGAGAGCAGAUCCAUAUCGAUGCCGCUCUAGAGCAGCAGAAGUUGGAACACCUGAAAGCCCAGGAAUCGGCUGUUAACACAUCCCUGCAGCAUAUCAAGGAGGAGGCGCGCCUGGAGCAGGAAAGGAAGUUGUCUGAAUUGAGGGAAGUGAUGGAGGCAGAGAUGAGGACUCAACUACGGCGUCAAGCAGCCGCUCACACAGACCAUGUCCAAGAUGUACUCAAAGUGCAGGAGCAGGAACUGAAAGCUGAAGCUGAGCAGGUCUUAAGCAGUAAGUUGUUGGAACAAGAAACCAAAUACCGUCAAUUGAGCCAGGAGCAGCUGGACAACUUCACUCUGGAUAUGAACACCGCCUACGCCCGACUAAAAGGAGUGGAGGAGGCUAUAGAUAGCCACGUGGUAGCAGAGGAGGAGGCUCGAAAAGCACACCAGCUGUGGCUUUCCGUGGAGGCUCUCAACUACACCUUAAAGACCACUGAAGCCGGUACACCCACCAAGCCGUUGGAAGGCGCCGCUCAAGUCGUGCGAGACAACUGCCAUGACGAGUUUGCUUCGGCUUUGGCUUCGGCUCUUCCGGAAGAAUCGCUGCAGCGCGGCGUGUACAGCGAGGCCUCGCUGCGAGCCCGCUUCUACGAUCUGCGUUCGCUCAUUCGCAGGGUUGCCCUUAUUGAUGAGUCUCACAACUCCUUGUAUCAGUAUUUCCUAUCCUACCUGCAAGCGGCACUGUUGUUUGAGGCCAAACAGGAAGCCCCGCCUAGCCAGUUAAGCAGUGAGGAUUUAGACCCUUUCAAGCUCCUUUCAUAUGCUAGCUACUGCUUAGAGCACGGUGAUCUGGAGUUAGCAGCAAAACUAGUCAACCAGUUGACAGGAGAGGCCAGAAGAGUGGCGGAGGACUGGCUGAAUGAAGCCAGGCUCACCCUGGAAACCAGGCAGGUUGUCACUUUGUUGUCUGCUUAUGCAAAUGCAGUGGGGCUAGGAACCACACAAGCACCUUAG